GUCUAGUUCACCACUGAGGUCCAGUUUACCAUGGGAGCCCAGUUUACCAUGAGCAGGGGUCGGUAACCUGCGGCUUAGGAGCAGCAUGCGGCUCUUUAAAGACGGCUUCGUGACCGUUAUUUAUUCAGGAUCGUUUGCGUAUUCACAAGCAUAACGGCUCUUGAAAUCGUUUUUUUUAUAUAUAUACCGAAUUUGAAAAAUAAACCGUCGCUUAUUUUUCUUGCCAACCCCCUGGGCUAUAACUUUUAAAAGGUGUAAUUGGAGAGCCUCCGAAAAGCCUAAAUCAACACUUCCUCUACAUGGCUCUGCUAAAGUACUGUAAACGCGAGGCUAAACAAUGUAUCAAUAGUUAAAGGCUAGACUAAUCACGUUAUCACUGUCUAUGGAAAAGUCAGCGAAUUUGGUGCCAAGGUGAGUGAAUAGGAGGCCUGAUUAAAUUGGGGUCCAUUUCAAGUCAGUGAAUUAGGGACCUGGUCAAAGUCAUUGAAUUGUGGCCCAAUUCACUGAUUUCGGGCGGAAGUCAGCGAAUUGGAGACCUGGUCAAAGUCAGUGAAUUUGGAACCAUGUCAAAGUCAGUGAAUUGGGGACCAGGUCAAAGUCAAUCAAUUGGGGCCCAAAUUUACUGACUUGGGCGGAAGACAGUGAAUUGGGGACCUGGUCAAAAUCAGUGAAUUUGGGACCAGGUCAAAGUCAGUCAAUUGGGGCCAAAUUCACUGACUUUGGGCGCGAGCAAGCGAAUUGGGUACCAAGUCAAUGCCAGUGAAAUUGAACUGCCAGGGUACUUUCUUGCUGCAACAAAUCCACCCUAAACCCACCCACGUGUCACCCCCUGGCGCCCAUCCGAUUGGGCCGGAGACGGCGAAGGGCAGGGGGCCAAUGAGCGCCGCUCUUGCUGGGUUCGCAUGGAAACCACGCGAGCGUUGAAGGCUCUGUUGGGGCCUGUGCAAGCGAGCAAGGCCUUCGCUCAUGUGGCCACGGGAGCCGCAUUGGUUUCACCUGUUCGUCGUGUUUAACUCGAGUUAAUGUCGCACGCGUUGCCAAUUGAGGACCCCCGCCGCAGACAGUCGUCGUUGAUAAGCGACGUGCCAUGAACCUCGGGGAUGGUCUGAAGUUAGAAACCCAGACAUUGGACGGCAAGACGAGGCUUGUGAUAGCAUUUCAUGAUGAACCCUUAAAUAAAACUGCAAAGGGCACUUCUCAGUUGAAGAAACGGAGAUCUCCAUUUAGGUCGAGGCUCGUAAGGGAGGCGCAUAAUGGCAGUGUUAGGCUCGGAGCGGCAAGUGAUGGAAGUUCAAGCAGAGGGCCAAAACCCACGCCCUUUGGGAACAGUCAAGCUGCACAGAGUCGUGCGGACAUCGAUCAGAGGACUUCGAAUCCAACUGAAAAGCUCAGUGACCCACAGGCAGACCACGGUCCAGUCCAGUACAAUCACACUCAAAAGGCAAGAUUCAACCAGAAUAUAAGUACCAAUGGCCCACAAAUCAAGUUUCUGCAAUCGAAUCAACAAAGUAAAGAGCAAAGGGCCAUUGGAAAUGGACAGACCAUCGUCCUCGAAAAUGGACAGAAUCUUCAGCAGAAUGGUCUGCAGAUGGGGAAGAACAAUAGAAGCAGGGUGGACAAAAACACAGCCCAGCAAGAAGUGAAACAGAGGCGCGGCCUUGCCAAUGGGAAGCCAGUGAAGGCGGCAGAUGCGCGGGGGCACGUCGAUAACGCCCAGACGGGGAGCUUCGGCAAUGGCUUAGUGUGCCUCACCCAAGAACAGCUGCAGCAGAUUCUAGCAUCCAUCGGGCAAUCCGUGAACAGCAGCAACACUGAUGGUUCAGCACCUUUGGAAACAGAGUUGGACAAGGAAAAGGAUAUUGUUCAGUAUGACAAUGAAACCAAGCCUGAAGAUGCUUCAAGCUCGGCUGCUCCAUUUGAGAAGACGCAAGGAAUAUCGGGCAGUGUCUUUGGUAUGUUGGGAGAGAGGGAGAAAGACCGAGAAAUACUUCAGGCAAAGAAAGCGCAGUGGAAAAAAGAGCUGGAUCAACAACUGGCGCUGAAAAACAGUGGGAAGAAGCAGGAGUUGGAGGUCUGGGAAGAGUGGAACCCCUUUGGGAAACCAGGGGCGGGAGCUCCGGUCUUAUCAGCCACUGGACAGCCGCUGACCACGUUCAAUCAGAAGUUUUCAAUCUUCUAUAAAGAUCACUCCAAGCUGCAGGCCACUUUGAACCUUCCAGCACAUCAGCCAGAAUCUGGCUACUUGACAGUGCCUGCAACAUCUGCCCAGGGAACAGCAAGUGGUGCCAGGAACACUGCCCAGGACUACGUGGCAAUGGGGCAGACACAGAGCUUUGCUUCCAGUGAUCUUCCCGCAGCAAUUCGCUCUUCCUUUGUCAUUGGGGAGGCAGCCCCCAGGGAUAAACCUUUCAGCGCCUCCAAUAGGGAGAAGCAGCAGCGCUGGCGAGAGGAGCUGGAGCAGCAGCGGGAAGCGCAGCGCAUGCGCAGGCAGCAAGAGAAAAUCUGGCUCAAGGGGGAAGCGGAUCAAGGAAAAUGGGAGGCACACUUUGAUUCGUUCAGCCAGAAGCCCAAUGUUGCGCAGGCUGAAACCCACGGUGCGGUAACUUCUGUCCGCCUCGAUGCGGGGAGGACUUUUCAUCCCCAGGAUCCACUCCACAGUCCUCAUGUGCCCUUGACCGAUGCUUCAAAGCUUCCUUCUCCGAUAAACAGCCACUUGAGAACAAUGACAGCCCUUCUGGAUCCAGCUCAGCUUGAUGAGAGGGAAAGACAAAGGCUAAAACAGCUGGAGCAUCAGAAAGCGAUAGCCAGCCAGAUGGAGGAGCGACGUCGUCAUAAGCUCCUGGAGGACGAGCGACGGAGGUACGAGGAGGAGGAGGCGGAGAGGAAGAUUACCGAGGAACGGCAUCGCCUUAACAGACAGUUUUUGGAGGAGCAAGCCAAGCUGCGGCAAAAAGAGGAGAAUCGGACCAGGAAGACGGAGAACCUGUACCAGAGUGUUCAGAGGGCUCAGGAGGAGGCCCUCCGUGAUAAGCAGGAGCAGAGAAUGAGGGAGCUGGCUCGCAAGGGUCAUGACGUCUCCAACCUCCGUCGCAGCAGGGAAGGGAUGCCGACUCGUGACGGCCCAGUUUACGUGGCCGUGGAGGAAGAAACGGUUCGCCAGAGGGAUGGUCACUCUCGCUCAACUCUGCGUGUCCACGAACCAGAGUCGUCCAUGAAGGACACGGGUGUGCAGACAGAUGCGGACACUGGAAGACCGGCAAGGGGCGGCGACGGAACGGGCCGCGUCUUUGCGGACUCCACACGGCCUCCCGCCACGCCGCACGUCCCCGCAGAGUACAGCAACACCGGAGUCACGUGCAGGAGUCGCAUCGACAGGGAGAGGCCCGGAGGAAAUGGAGCGGACAAGCAGAGCGGCCACGAUGAGGAGGCGUCUUCCAAGACGCCGGGCCAGAGCGAUACCGCCAAACGCAAGAGCCCGAGAGAUAAUGCUGAAACGAAGCCGGCGUGGAAUAUGACCACCAAACCUGUUGUGGGGUGCGUUAAUCCAGCGGGAGGCGGCGCUACCCGAGCCUCCGAUAAGUACCCCAAGGCUCUGAAGAAAAGGGAGUUGGAGCGGGAGGCACGCAAGCAGAGGCGGCAGGAGCAGCUGCUGGCGAUGGUCAACAGGAAUGUCGUGAGCAAGGGACAGGCCCCCGCCAGCGACGCCGCCCGCCAGGAAGACGCCAGGGAGGCCGCGCACAAGCAGAAGGCCUCGCGGGCACUGCCGUCACUCGCGGACAAGACGGAACUCCAGGCAGGGGAUGUGCAGAAAAAGAAACCAUUGACGGAACACAACAAUACAACCCAGAGAACUCAACAAGGCAAUGUCGAGUUUUCAAACAGACUGGACUCACCGGCAGUUCCGGCGCUCAGACACAGAUUGCAGCAGCAGCAGCAGCAGAAGGAGGAGGAGGCGGGCGCAGGUGGCGACCACGCAGAGAGGGGUGCCGGCCACGCUCCAGAGGCGGUUCACAUCGCCUCCCACCGCUUGGCUCCGCUGCACGAUGUCGGGGAAGCCGGAGGCCAACGCGGCCGGCAAGCCCCAGCGAGCAGGGCCGGGCAGACCUCCCCUCCCAACGCGGCGUUUGUGCCGUACCUGCGCAGCGAUGAUGUCCUCUACCUGGACCCCGACGCGCCCAUGUCACGCCCACCAACCAACGAGUCGCAGUACAGAUACGGCCGUGGAUAUUUGGAGCAGCGGAGGCAUAGUUCAGAGCAGUCACGCGAUCCUCUUCUCAACCCGGAGCUGCUGAAGUCUAAGGACAGGCAAAAGGCUAUUCUUGAGGGGCUCUCCCAACUCAGACAGGGCUUGCUGAUGAAGCAAAGGGAGGUGGAGACCUACCUGUCGUCACCCAUGCUUGCUGAAGAUGUCUCUCAGUUUCCAAUGCAGAGCAAACCCAGCUAAAGCCACAGCAGCAGAUGCCAGCUCUCUUAACCUAUGGGACUUUCUGCACUUUAUAGCAACAUCUCUUUGUUAUCUCUAAGAGUAACUUGGAAUAUAUUUAUUUUCCAUGGGCACAUCAGAGCCACACCAGCACAGGGCCCAAAUGAUCCGUACAGGUGGUUUUCCACUGGCUAUUUUCCAUCCUGAGCCAGAACUAAACUGUCCUCACAAGAAAACUUAAUCUGGCUUGGGGCCAAGCAGGGCCAGGGGUGAUGUUAAUGACACAUUUAUUGUGUGUGACAUCAGUCGGUACAACUCAAACAUGUUGUCUCCACUUGCUCAUUGCAUGUGAUAUCAGCGGCACAGCUCGGGUUGUGCAGUGGAAAAAACAACCUGACGCCUCCUGAGCCAUGCUGAGCUGGCUCUGCACGACUCUGGCGUGGCUGAGUUGUACAGUGAAAAAGAGGUUUUAGAAAACUAAUGUGCAGUAAUAUUUGCGUUGUAUGUGAGCACGUAAUAAAGAUAAAUUUCGUGUAAAGUGUAUAUUAAAUUUUUUCAGUGUGUAAAUUAAACAGUUCACUCGUUAAUCCUGCUGGUGAAGCACUAUAAUCUUUACAUCGUGUGCAAGAGUCCAAUGAUGCCAGGAAGAGAACAAAACAAUGGAAGCUUUUGUCGAUUGGCCAUCGCCAGGGGUCGGAAACCAAUAUAAUAAUAAGAGCCGUUUUUUUUUAUAAUUCGGUAAAAAAUAACUCAAUAUUUCAAGGGCCGCAAUGCACGCAGUGAAUACGAGACGGUCGUCCUUAAUGAACAACGCGUCACAAAGCGGCCCCUUAAAGAGCCGCACGCGGCGCCGCAGGUUGCCGACCCCCGGCCAUUACCAUCACCGCUGUUGUUUACAGGAAACCAAUUGUGUACUUUCUGAUAACAUUAGCACUUUAAUAUCUAAUGGGUGUAAUGACUUAUAUAAAGUAAGCUGCUCUUGUCAGGGCUGGAUUAAGGUUAUGAGGGUCCUCAGGUUAAUAGGAGGGGAAAGAGUCGAAUUAUGUAUUACAUAUUGCAAAGGUGUAUGAAGUCGUCAAAUAUGUAUUUACCCGUGUAAAAUUGACAUGUAUUCCACUCAAGGUAAAUUCAUCAGACAUGAAUCACGACACUAAUUUCUUCAAACAUUUUUACCCCCCCUGGAUUUAGCUGUGGCAAAGUCACGAAUUCCGUCAUCGGUAUUCAAAGACAAAACACUUCCGAUGGCCUUGCUGCCACCGUCGCUCAGCUGUUACUUCAGUGUGAAAUGAAGGACCUGAAAGGAAAGCCUACAAAGCAUGAGGGCCGAACCACAUAUUUGCCUAUGGGGUCAAUCCAGCCCUGGCUUGUGCUCUUAUCACCAGUGAAAACUACUGUAUGCUUAUUCGCUGUAAUUUGCAUAACAUUUAAACAUUUUGAAUAUCGCAUCGUCUCUGUCUACAUUUGUAUAUACACUAAACUGCAAUAUGUCUUAGUGGUGCGAAAUGUUUAAAAUCCAGACAAUUCUGCAUGGCAUCAUUUACAGUUUUGGAAACAGCGUGAUGUGAUUGGAACUUGCGUAGCGAGGCAGUGAAAUCCGUUGUGCUAUACUCCUGUGCUGGCGAAUCUGUGAUCUCUGACCUCACCAACCAGUAUGUUGAAGUGUGGCCAAAUAACCCCCGUGACCCCUACAGCAUAGGGAAGCCCUCAUUUAGCAGUGGGUUGACCAAAGGGCUGUUAUCUCCACUACAAUUGGGGUGCAGAAGAUGACAACCACUGUACUUGUGUGAGCGCAGCUCACGUGAGCUAUUGCCUAAAUGUAGCUUGUGAUUGCAUAAGUUUGUAAACCUUUUCAGUAGCCCAUAGCAAAAUGUGAUGUCUAAAAAAACUGGACUGUAAUUAUUGACGUUUUUAACUGUCGAGCGUGAAAAAUAGGAUGUUUGUCUCGUGAUUGUACAGAACGUGCUCGCAUAUCUAACUUGCAGGGGGAGGGUGGGUGAGGAGGAUGGCUGAGAAAGGCAAAUGGGUGAAAAGGUCAGAUACGUGAACAUCUUUCAGAUACCAUGCAUGCUCAAACAGGUUACUGGAUUUAAAUUAAGUGCAAACAGCAGAAAGUGCUUUACUGUGCUUUAUAAUUAAGCGGAUGUAUGUGAGAUUAAAAUUGCUGAACUGAAUGAAACGGUGGGAUUUGUGAACAUCCCUGGCAAAUGAGAGUUACUCUAUGCACCAAUCACGCACUGAGUGUGAGCAGUUGAUAAUUUGGGGUGUAUAUAAGACAUGCUUUAUGUUCAUAGCAUUGUGAAUUUUUAUUAUUGAUUCUUUCAGUAAAGUCACGUAGAAGGGAAAUAAAAAAUAAAAUUCUCACGACGUUUCGAUUGCAACACAAGCAAUCAUCAUCAGGUGUGAAAACCACAUCAAUAAAAUUUGAAACUUAACUUUAUCCCUUCUACGUGACUUUACCGAAAGAACCAAGAAUAUGAAUACCUGCAGUCACGAAAGCUUUAAAUCGAAAUUGUGAAUGUUCUAUAAAAACUAAAAUCCUGACCACCUACUAUAAUUCAAUGAUUGCCAAAGAAUCCAAAGACGUGGAUUGCAAACGCUACAAUGGAGUAUUAAUUGACGUGCUCAACUUAGAUAAAAUAAAGAAUUUAAAUGCA